UUCAUGAACAGUUUCAUGGAGUUUGAUCUAUGCCAGACACCUUACCAGAACAACCAAAUUACCCAUUUUGAGUUCAAAGACUUUCAAGAUUUCCGCGGUGGUGAUAUGGGCUUUUGGGAUUUUAACAUUCCAUCAUUUUUCGACGAUAUCGUGAUGGAUACUAAGGUGGAGAUCAUGAAUUCUUCUUCAGAUCAUCAUUUGGAGAGUGUUGGAGGAAGUUUGGCAAGUAAUAAUGAAGUUCAAGAAUUUGCUGCAAUUGAGAGAGAGGAGGUGAAAAGGCAAAGUUGUGGAAAUGGAAAAUCAAAAUGUGCAGCAUUGGAAUUGGAUGAGAUUCAAAAGUAUUUUGAUGUUCCAAUAACUAAAGCUGCCAAGGAGUUGAAAGUUGGAUUGACAGUGUUGAAGAAGAGAUGCAGAGAACUGAAUAUAAUGAGGUGGCCACAUCGUAAGAUCAAGAGCUUGAAGUCCCUCAUUGACAAUGUCAAGGAGUUGGGAUUGACAAGGGAAAUAGAGAUGUUAGAAGAGCAUAGAAGGAUGGUAGAGAAGCUGCCAGAACUUGAAUUGACAGAGAGAACCAAGAAGCUUCGGCAAGCCUGCUUCAAGGCCAAUUACAAGAAGAGAAGGUCUCUUGCUUCUCUUUCUAAUUAAAUCUUUGAUAUAAUA